UCCGCCGCUGUGUGCAGCAGCCGCAGCCGGUUCCCCCACUCCUGCUACCGGGGGCAGGGCGCCUGCGCGCCGAGACACUCUAUAGGCGGCGCCGCGGCGGCAGACGGGUUAGUCUGUCGCCGGAUCUCGUACCAAGAGGACGCAGCAGUAGCAGCCGCCAUGACAGGCCAGGAGGACAAGAUGCUGAAGCUGGCCAAGGAGCCGCACCCCACGGUGAUGCGCGGCUCCUUCGCAGUGGGCCUCGAGUUCAGCCAGGAGCUGUCGCCGCAGAUCCAGGAGGUGGCCCGCACCGAGCUGCGGGAGAACCCGGACCAGAUUCGGGAGUCACUCGCCGCCUUCCGCGACAUCCUCAGGGAGGAGACUGACUUCAAGCUGCCCCUGGACGACGACGCCUGGUGCAUACGCUUCCUCAGGCCCUGCAAGUACUACCCGGAGUCCGCCGCAGCACUGGUGAAGCGGUACUACGAGUUCAAGGUUAAAAACGCGGAGCUGUACAAAGGCUUGAUACCUUCAAAGGAGAAGAACCUGUUCGACCAUGACAUCAUGCAGGUGCUGCCCAGGAGGGACCAACACGGCCGUCGAAUUCUCGUCAUUGAGUUGGGCAAGAAGUGGAAGCACAAGAAGGUGAGCCUGGAGGAGGUGUUCAAGGGCGCCGUGCUGUACCUGGAGGCGGCACUCUGGGAGCCAGAGACGCAGGUCGCCGGCGGCGUCGUCAUCUUCGACAUGGACGGCCUCUCGCUGCAGCAGGUCUCCCAGUUCACGCCGUCUUUCGCCAAGCGCAUCAUAGACUGGCUGCAGGACGCGGUACCCCUACGAGUCAAGGGCUUCCACGUGGUCAACCAGCCCUACAUCUUCAACAUGGUCUUCGCGCUCUUCAAGCCAUUCCUCAGGGAGAAACUGCGCAGUAGGAUCGUGUUCCACGGCACGGACCGCGACUCCCUGCACAACUACAUCAGCCCCAAGGUGCUGCCGGAGUGCUACGGCGGCACCCUCGACAUCGACAGGGUGACCGGAGCCGAGUGGUACAAGCUGCUCAUCCACUACGACCCCGUCUACGAGGCUGUUAAUUCCUAUGGCUACAAGAAGCAGUAGAUGAGUCAUUGCUGAUGGUUCAUUGAAGUUCCACGCUGUGAUAAUGACGCAGAAAUGCAUAUGGUGGGAAAAGUCAGUGCUUCCAAAGACGUCUGUAGAGCAGACGUCGCACAGUAUUAAUUAAAGUUUCUUCAGGCCAGCAGUUAAUUAAAAGUGAUUGGAGGCGGAUCAGUUGUUGCCAGCUGUGUACUUGCCAUCUUUCUAAAAUGUGCACUCUGUGUGGGUGUGAGUUUCCUAUAGAUAAAAAGAUACAAGUUUUCACACGAAUGAAAAGAGGGCAUUAUUAUGUGUCAGAGACCCUUAUAAAUGUGUAAAUAGCGUAAUAUGUUAGCAGUUAUUAUUUUAUGUAUCAGGCACAAUAGCCUCCAUUGUUGAAUUUCUGUUGGGGUUAGUUAAUUGUUAUAAAGUACUAAUGUUUGUAAAUAUCUAUUUUAUAGCAUUAUGGCACAUGGAAGGAUGAAUAUAAUAUCAUAUUAUGUAUGUUUUUAUAUUGUAAGUAGAAAAACUCAGAUGGCCUCUAUUCACUGUUCAUAUUGGCCUUUAUUUUUUAUGGCGCUAACCUUGCCAUUUUGUUUAUAUUAUAUGCUCUCAGAUGAUAAAUGUAAUUUACUGUAAUAAUUGUUAAAUUUUAUAACAAAUUUACAUUGUCAAAUGUUUUUAUA